AAACAGUGAGAGAGUUUCAAUAGCUAACAUCAUGGUAAUAAUAUACCAAAGCUUAUUUUCAGCUGGUUUUCUAUUAUCCGUAUAUCCAUUGAAGUUCUGCGAUCAUUGUCCUGUAGCUACUAUGUGGAACCGUCAUAAUAAUGCUGCGCGAAACAUUGAAACUGGUAAUUUGAGAUCACGACCGCCGCCGAUGCGUCGUCCCGCCGGAGAAGAUGGAAACGAAGAAGAAGAGCAGGAAGAGCAGGCCUUGGCGCCUGUCAUGGAGUGAGUGGAGGGCCACUCCAACGAGAUACAAAUUGGGGGG